AUGUCGCCCACAUUUACGACCGGAAAACUCAAACGAAUGACUCCUUUAAUCCUUGAAUGCGUGGACACUAUGAACGACAACAUCGACAAAAUCAUCGCCAAAAGUAAUGGCAAUCUCUCGGAACCGGUAGACAUGAAACGGAUUACCGGAGCCUAUGUUAUGGAGUCUAUAAUACAAGUGGCUUUCGGCCGGAAAGUGUCGGCUCUGGUCGACCCAAAUAACCCUAUCAUAGAAAAUGCGCGCAAUAUGUUCAGCACAAGUUUAGUUUCCCUGAUGAGAAUGACCACAGUAAUGAUUGCACCAAAAGUGGCUAAAAUGUUCAAGAUAACUCUGUUUAAUCACAAAGUUUCGAUAUUUUUCCGCGAUUUUACUCUUAAUUUGAUCGACGAUAGGAAACGUCUUUUGGAAACCGAAAGUUCAGUAAAAAAGGCCGACUUUUUGCAACUAAUGUUGGAUUCAAAUAAAGAUAAUAAUAAUGAGGCGAUCGAUGGGUCCGAAGAAUAUACGGAUAGUAAGAGUGCAGAGAAAUAUCGGGAAAUACAGGCCACGGAUGAUACGACAGAUAAAAGCCUUUCAUACGAUGAGCUCAUAGCCCAAUGUGUGGUGUUUUUCGUGGCCGGGUAUGAGACCACUGCAACCACUCUAUCCAUGUGUUUGUAUAGUAUUGCUAAACAUCUAGAAGUCCAACAAAAACUGUACGAAGAAAUUAAUAACUUUCAUGAACAACAACAG